CUGUGUUAUGUCAUAACAUCACAAUCUAACAUAACUCAUCAUGUCAAAGACUACAUACUCUCAGUAUGUGCGCUAAGUUCACACUUACCUGACUUAUUGCAGGGGCUUGCACAAUUUUUUAAGGUGGAAUGGAGGACGGACGGACAGACGGUCAAAAACACAUGGACAUAUGAGAAAGUAGGAGUGGCCAAGCUGUAGGCAUUCCACCAAGGUGUAUAUAUGAGCCCAGAGAGACAGAGGAAAGUGCAAACUGAGGCAGAGGAAAAUGGCAGCUCAUCCAGUCAGCGUGCUUAUCACAGGAGCCAACAGAGGCCUGGGGCUGGAGAUGGUUAAGCAAAUGGUGGAGGCGCCCCAUCCAGUGCGGAAGCUGUUUGCAUGUUGCAGAGACCCAGAUGGACCCAGGGCUGAGGCCUUACAAACACUGGCAAAGAAGCAUCCUGACAUCAUCUCCAUCAUCCGUCUGGACGCCAGUGACCUUUGUAGCAUUAAACAGUGUGCCCAGCAGGUGGGCUCUCUGUUGGGGACGGGUGGUCUGAACCUGCUGAUUAACAACGCAGGCAUCAUGGUCAGUGCCACUCUAGAGCAAACUACUACCGAGGACAUGCAGAAUUCUUUCAACACCAACGUCAUGGGCCCCUUGCACAUCAUAAAAGAGUUCCUGCCUCAUCUUCGUGCAGCAGCGAAGGCCAGUGGGAUGUCAGGGAUGUCCACCAGCAAAGCAGCCGUCAUAAACCUCGCCUCCUAUCUGGCUUCAAUGGAAAAGGUUAAACGGCAAUAUACUACCUUCCCUGCUGUCGCCUACCGCAUCAGCAAGGCAGGUUUGCAUAUGCUGACACUGUGUGCUGCAGAGGAGCUGCAGAAGGAUGAGAUCCUGUUUUCUCUGCUGCUCCCUGGCUGGGUGCGCACUGACAUGGGUGGAAAGGACGGGGAGAUUGAUCCUCCGGAGAGUGUGCAGGGGAUGUUUCGUGUGAUGGCCUCCCUGACUGAGGAGCAUAAUGGAGCCUUCCUGGAUUAUAAGGGCAAUACCAUACCCUGGUAG